AUGGCAGACGCUGCCACACAUGCCACUAACCUUGUAUAUACAAUAACUGAGUAUGAUAAGGCCGUACAACUUCAUAAUAAAUUCCACCUAAACGCACAAACUUUACGUUUCCGCUCAGGAUGUUCCCGGGAGCAAGCUUUAAAAAUUGUCUCCCUAUGUCCUACUUGUGCACCUUUUAUCCAUUCCCCUUCUCUGGGAGUUAACCCAAGGGGCCUUCAACCAAAUGACAUCUGGCAAACUGAUGGACUGAGAAGCCCAUUUUGGUCCCGGAGUGCUGCACCAGACCGGUGGAUGAGAAUUCAAGAUAAAAUGAAGCUCCCAAGAUGGCUGAUCCUGCCACUGAUGCUCCCACCCCUUCAAGUGAAUGCCAAGACACACCUCAUGAGCUGGAUCCUGCUUAUGACAUUCAUUCUGGACAGUGUUGACUGUGAGGCUAAAGUGGCCUAUAUGGCGGAUGAACUCAAUCAAAACAUCAGAGGAUUUAAUCAGCCAAAAUGGGAGGGGGUCACUAAUCAUUUUACUCCUUUUCUCGGUGACCGGGGAGGAGAAGGCAUUGAAACUAAAUUACGGGAGGCGGGAUGUGAGGGUGCCGUGGGCAAACCCUCCUGUUGGCCAAUGCAGGCCCCUGUCGGAGUCUCUAAUGGAGGAGGACCCACUGAUGCUAUUAAACAUUUUCAGGUGAUUAAGCUUUUAAAGCCGGAGAUCCCUAAGCUUACAUAUCAUCCCUUGGUAUUGCCAAAAUCCCAGCUUCCUGAUUUGGAUGCCAAUACAUUAGAUAUCCUAGAAACUACCUUUUCUUUGCUUAACAGUACUAAUCCUACCCUUGCUGGUGAUUGCUGGCUCUGCAUGACGAUGGGGUCAGUUAUGCCAGUGGCGGUCUCCAUUAAUUAUUCUAUAAAUGAUGAUAAUACAUGUCAAUCUGGACUACCUUUUAAGAAUUAUUCUUCACCUUCUCCACCCAUUUGUCUCCCUAAUGGCACAGUUUUUAUGUGCGGAGGAAACUUAGCUUUUCUUAGGCUUCCAGCAAAUUGGUCUGGUGGUUGCAUUCUAGCUUUACUGCUUCCUGAUAUAAUGAUUAUUUUAGGAGAUGAACCCUUACUCAUUCCUAGCCUAGACACCUUGGUUAGAAGACAUAAGAAAGCUAUCCAGGCCCUACCGCUCCUUGUUGGCCUUGGGAUAACUGCUGCUGUGGGCACAGGCACAGCAGGACUGGGCACAGCUAUACAUUCCUACAGCCGCCUAUCUCAACAACGUAUAGAUGAUGUACAAACCCUGUGGGGAACCAUUAAGGACUUACAGGACCAAAUAGAUUCCCUAGCAGAAGUAGUUCUCCAAAACAGGCGGGGCUUAGAUUUGCUGACUUCUAACCAAGGGGGCAUUUGUUUGGCCCUUGGGGAGAGGUGCUUUUAUGCUAAUAAAUCUUGUAUAGUUCGCACAAAAAUUAAACAGCUCCAGAAAGACCUAGAAAAGAGAAGGAGGAAAUUAUUUGAAAACCCUCUCUAGACUGGAUUUAAUGGAUUUUUGCCUUAUCUCCUUCCCUUAUUGGGACCAUUACUGGGCCUCCUUCUAUUGCUUGCCAUAGAACCCUGAAUUGGAAAUAGGAUAGUACAAUUCAUUAAAGAUCAAAUUAAUAUCUUAGUUUCUAAGCCAAUACAGGUUCACUAUCAGCGUUUGGAGACAGAUGAUCGCCCUUCUGAGAUUCAUUUCAAGCCGAUCUGA